AUGGCCGACUCAGCUCCCGCUCAGUCCAAUCAGCCUCAGAAAAGGAAAUUCAAUGAGGGCAAGAGACAUUUCAAGAAGAACAAGAAGCAAAAGCAGACGACCGUCAAGGAAGGCUCAAAUGAAGAGGUCUUGAUCGCAGAUGUAUGCGCAUUGCUCGAGAAGCACUCGAUCGCUUCCAAGCCCGACGAAGCACAAGACCCUGUUCCUCAACUACCCGAACCAUUCACCGAGUACGAUCUAACCAUCCAAGAACUCUCCUCCACUGGCGAUGGUCUCGCUGUCAUUCCCGGAUCCUCCCAAGUCGCCGUUGUACCCUUCACCGCUCCCGGCGACAAGGUCACCGUCAAGAUCAUCAAGCAUUUGCAAGACACAAACUACACUUUGACCGACUUCGUCAAGGUCCUUGAGCCGUCGACACACCGCGAUGACUCCCUACCAAAGUGUGGCUACUUCUCCAAGUGUUCGGGAUGUCAGUUCCAGUUCCUGCCCUACCAAUACCAGCUGGACCACAAGAGGAGCAUCGUCGAGAAGGCCUACAAGAACUUCUGCAACUUGCCCGCACAUCUCAUUCCUGCUAUUGGAGACACGAUCGGCUCACCCCUGCAAUACGGCUACCGCACAAAGCUCACGCCUCACUUCGACGGCCCUCCUGGUGGUAGAAGAGACAGACGUCAAGGUGUCAAGGCUGUUUUCUCUGAGGUCCCACCUAUCGGUUUCAUGCUGAAGGGUACUCGCAAGACUAUGGACAUUGAGGAUUGCCCUAUCGGUACGGAUGCCGUGCGCAUGGGUAUGAAGAGCGAGAGACAAAGAGUCAAGGACCAGCUGGACACAUACCAGCGCGGUGCAACACUUCUGCUGCGUGAAAGCACAAAGCGCAUCGAUAAGAAAGACCUACCGCAAGACCAGCAGACCAACGCCGGUGCUGCCGAGGAACAACCCAUCGAAGACCGCGGCUCGCACAUCCACCGCAAGACCUGCGUCACCGACCAAAACGCCGUAUCCACAGAAUACGUCGACGACUUCCGCUUCGACAACCCGGCCGGCUCCUUCUUCCAGAACAACAACUCCAUCCUCCCCAGCUUCACCCAAUACAUCCGCGACAACAUUCUUCCCAAAGACCAGCCUGAAGACGCACCAAAGAUUACAAACCUCAUCGAUGCAUACUCGGGCAGUGGCCUCUUCACCGUCACCUUGUCACCUCUGUUCAAAAACUCCAUCGGCAUCGAUGUAUCCACGAAAUCCAUCGAGUUUGCCUCCACAAACGCACAACUCAAUAACAUUCCCUCAUCCUCUGCGCGCUUCCUCGCCGGCGAUGCCAACAACAUCUUUGCUGAGAUCAAGUUCCCUGCCAACGAAACUGCUGUGGUCAUUGAUCCCUCACGCAAAGGCUGUGACGAGAAUUUCCUUGGGCAGCUACUAAAAUACGGUCCUGAGAGAGUUUGUUAUGUGAGUUGCAAUGUGCAUACCCAAGCUAGGGAUGUAGGUGUUUUGGUCGGAGGAUUGGCUGGUGUGAAUGGGGGCAAGGGGUUGUAUGAGAUUGAGAGUUUGAGGGGCUUUGACUUUUUCCCACAGACGGGUCAUGUCGAGGGUGUUGCUUUCUUGAGGAAGAAGAAGGAUGUGGUUGCUGCUGCUGCUGCUGCUGCUGCUGCUGCUGCCGAGUAG